AGUGAGAGAGAGAGAGAGGCGGGUGAAGAGAGAAAGAGAAAUAUUCGGAGAGAUAAAGUCAAUCAGUUUCCGAAAAAGGGCGUCCUCCUCUCUGCGUCUUCUCAUGCUAGGCUCUCUGGAGGAAGGGGCGGUCUCAGCGCCAGAGAAGAUCCGGAAUUAGCCCGUGUUCCCUCGGCUCCGCUUGGUCGGUUCGGUACCAGCCGACAGAGAAACGGGACUACAAAAGCUGUAAAAUUUUUAAUAAUAGUAAUAAUAAUAAUUUAAAAAAAGAAGAGGAGGGAAGAGGAAAGACAGCGAGGAAAGAAGGGGACUCAGGCUGGACUCAAAGUGUCGACCGAGGGAGGGACAAACCAAAGCGGAACAAAAAAUAAUAAAGAAGAUUACAAGGAGAAAAGUAAUAGGGAGAAGAGAGAAAAGAUGCCUUUGGCUCAGCUGGCAGAUCCCUGGCGGAAGAUGCCGCUGGGGGGGACGGCUGGAGAGGAUGCACAUCACGAUCCCGAGGAGUCUGUGGGUGAGGAUGACUCCAUGCACGGCGAUACGGAUGACUUGCCAAUCAAAGAGAUCAGUAUCACUCACCACGUUAAGGAGGGAUCAGAAAAGGCAGACCCACGACAAUUCGAGCUGCGCAAAGUCCUGGGACAAGGCUCCUUUGGCAAGGUGUUUUUGGUGAGGAAGAUCACUGGACCAGACGCUGGUCAGCUGUACGCCAUGAAGGUCCUAAAGAAAGCUACGCUGAAAGUGCGUGACCGGGUCAGGACGAAGAUGGAGAGAGACAUUCUGGUGGAGGUCAACCAUCCCUUCAUCGUCAAGCUGCACUAUGCAUUUCAGACAGAGGGAAAGCUCUACCUGAUCUUGGAUUUUCUCAGAGGAGGAGACCUUUUCACUCGUCUCUCUAAGGAGGUGAUGUUCACAGAGGAGGAUGUGAAGUUCUACCUGGCAGAGCUAGCCCUCGCCCUCAAUCACCUGCAUGGCCUCGGCAUCAUUUAUAGAGACCUCAAGCCUGAGAACAUCCUGCUCGAUGAGGAGGGACACAUCAAGCUAACGGACUUUGGCCUCAGCAAGGAGUCAAUAGACCAUGAGAACAAAGCCUACUCUUUCUGUGGGACGGUGGAGUACAUGGCUCCUGAGGUGGUGAACAGGCGAGGGCACACACACAGUGCUGACUGGUGGUCCUACGGCGUGCUUAUGUUUGAGAUGCUGACAGGAACACUGCCAUUUCAAGGCAAAGACCGAAAAGAGACGAUGACCAUGAUUCUCAAAGCUAAGCUGGGAAUGCCACAGUUUCUCAGUUCAGAAGCUCAGAGUCUCCUCAGGAACCUCUUCAAACGCAACCCUGCCAACAGAUUAGGAGCUGGACCAGACGGCGUGGAGGAAAUCAAGAGGCAUCAGUUCUUCUGCACCAUUGACUGGAAUAAACUUUUCCGCAGAGAGAUUCACCCUCCUUUCAAGCCGGCUGCAGGACGACCUGACGACACUUUCUAUUUUGAUCCAGAGUUCACAGCUAAAACACCCAGAGACUCGCCAGGUGUUCCUCCAAGCGCCAAUGCCCAUCAGCUCUUCAGAGGAUUCAGUUUUGUGGCUAUAACGGAAGAGGAGACACAACCACUACCCAAUACUAUUGUAAAGCAACUUCACAGAAGCACAUCUCAGUUUGCGGAUGCCUACGAGAUUAAAGAGGACAUCGGAGUGGGAUCCUAUUCUGUCUGCAAACGCUGCAUACACAAAGGCACCGGCAUGGAGUAUGCUGUCAAGAUCAUCAGCAAGGCCAAGAGAGACCCGACAGAGGAGGUGGAGAUACUGCUGAGAUAUGGGCAGCACCCCAACAUCAUCACCCUGAAGGAUGUGUACGAUGAUGGCCGCUCGGUGUACCUGGUGACGGAGCUGAUGAAAGGAGGCGAGCUCCUCGACAAAAUCCUACGUCAGAAGUUCUUCUCUGAGCGGGAAGCCAGCGCUGUCCUCUACACCAUCACCAAGACUGUGGAGUACCUGCAUGUGCAAGGGGUGGUGCACAGAGACCUGAAGCCCAGCAACAUUCUCUAUGUGGAUGAGAGCGGGAACGCCGAGUCCAUCCGGAUCUGUGACUUUGGCUUUGCCAAACAGCUGCGAGCAGAGAAUGGCCUGCUCAUGACACCGUGCUACACCGCCAACUUCGUUGCCCCAGAGGUGUUGAAGAAGCAGGGCUAUGAUGCAGCCUGUGACAUCUGGAGUCUGGGAGUCCUUCUCUACACAAUGCUAACUGGCUUCACUCCCUUUGCUAAUGGUCCAGAGGACACACCAGAGGAGAUUUUGGCUCGUAUUGGUAGCGGGAAGUUCUCACUCACUGGAGGAUACUGGAACUCUGUGUCUGCUGAAGCUAAGGACCUGGUGUCUAAGAUGCUGCACGUUGACCCCCACCAGAGGCUGACGGCAGGUCAGGUGCUCAGACACCCAUGGGUGACACACCGAGACCAGCUGCCCAAAUACACACUGAACAGACAGGAUGCACCGCACCUUGUCAAGGGAGCGAUGGCCGCCACCUACUCAGCCUUGAACAGGAACGUCCCUCCAGUCCUGGAGCCCGUGGGCUGUUCCACCCUCGCUCAGCGGAGGGGAGUGAAGAAGAUCACUUCCACUGCUCUGUGACAUCAUCCUCCUCCUCCUUGUCAACUUUGACCUCGACCAUCUGACCUCUGCUCCCCCCCCCCCCUCUCUGAUCCCGUCCAGUUUGGCUGGAUAGACUACUGAUGGACCUUGGAACCGCUAAAGCCAAAUCAGAGCACAGAUGCCGCUACCCCCUUCCUGUUCUGUCCUGUCCUUCUGAUUGGACCCUCUGCUGUCCUACCAUAGAGUCUCAGCUGUAAACCUGUUGACUCUUUUGCUCCUCCUUCCAUUGUUUUGCUUUGGACAAUCAGCGCUGCCUCGCAGAGUCAGUCAGUAGAAUAAGAGUACUGUAUUUAUUCACUCCAGAUGGGGUCAUCACAGGAACAAGGUAAUAAUAAUGUGCGGUAUGCAAUUUAAAGAGCCAGGAGCAUUGUUUAUCUUAACUGUUGUUGUGGUUCUGGGUGGCUGUAGAUCCGACAUGUAAACCUCAAGUAGCUUCUGAGAUGACGCCGUUUAGAGAAAAGGACAGUGUGGCCUCGUCAAAACCCAGAGAGAAAAGAUCCACAGACCAGAAGGUCGGGAUCCAGCAGUGGCUCACUGCUUCUGGGAUCUCUGAGUUUUGUCUGACAAAAAAACUACCAGUAUUUUACUUUCAGGUGCAAAAGAUCAAAUGUGGUGGAUGGGAGGAAAAAGCAACUAGCAGUUACCUUUGGCUCGGCUCAUGAGAUCUGAUAUUUGAAAGAAAAAUGUAAAAUAUCCUCAGAUUCAUCCUUUAAAUAGUCAUGCAAACAUCAGGGAGUAAUGACCCUUUAAGAUCAAAAUGAAACAAAAAUUUUUCAUCAGUCAAAGCUACACAAGUCAACAUGUUGCUGCCCCCUGGUGGCCACAAGAGAGCCUCUGAAACUCACUGAUUUGUAUGUGUGUGCUCUUACAUUUAAACCUUUUUGUUAUGAUCUGCCAGUUGGAGUUCAAAACAACACAAGUCUAAAGCAGCAAGGCUCAGAGGCAAACACAUCUGAAAUAAUUUUAGCAUGACUGUUGAAAUAAAAUAGAAAAUGUCCAAAUGUUUUACUUGAAAAAACUAAACUCAGAUUUUAGCCAUUUUCAGAAAAUAUAAGCACCAUAAAUCCAGAUUUAAGGUUUUCCAAGUAGCAUGGAAAUGAGAAAGAGACAUCUGCUGGUCUAUGUGUCAGUAAAUUUAAGUAAAAUUUUCAAAAGCAUCUUUAACUCCUGGAAUACCACUGUUACCACAAUCACUCAAACUCAGAUCAGCCUCUGACCUUCUGUGCGAGCCGACCCAUGGUAUUUACCGCAGAACUGUAAAUGUUCAAUACGUCAAGCAACUCAGGUUUCUAUGAAUCCAGACGAUGCAUAUGUCUACGUUCAGGAGGGGUGAGGUGAACAUAAUGAGCACAUAGAUGUGUAGAGGGUAGCAAGGGAACAAAGAGUUUGACUCCAAAGCUGGAUGAAUUAAGUUGGUCUUCACAGAUGUAUAUUUUGUGAGUCACAGUCUUAGAACAUUCUUCUGAUGUUUUGGUUUUGGAUUUAAACUCUUCUUAUCUGAAGGCAGCGGAGUGUGAUGAUCCACAUGCACUUACCUUUAAAAAAGAAAUAUUUAAACAUUCCACUUGGAAUUCAGAGCUUCCUGUUUGGUGCCAUGUUGGAGGUCAAGAAAUUCAACCUACACAACUUUAAUGUGUAGACUGAUAUCAUGAGAAAUACUCAGAUUCUUUCAGAGUAAAGGCUGUGACAUACCAAGACAAUUGUCGGUUGCUUUCUGGUGUUGGUGAGAUCCUGGUGAUAUUCUUUGACUUAGACGGACUUCAAUGACCCACAAUGGAAAUUAAUUGAUCCAAGAAUAAAUUAAUAGGCUAAAAGUUGGUUCUAGUCAGACCUGUCAUUGACUUUUCAGCUGAUUCAUUACACAGAGCAUGAGAAGAGAAGCAGGAAAUGAUACAAGUAAAGAAGCGUUGAUAGGCUUCUUAUUUUAGUACUAAUCUGUAUGUUAAAAUACACAAAUAUCCACAACAUAAUGAUCUGGAAUUAAUAAAGUGUAGAUCAGGGUGAUUCAGGUCAACUCUGUAUGGCAGUCUGUAGCUCUUCCUAACUUCCUAGUUUCCCUGCUAAUAAUAGUUUUUCCCGUUCCCACUUUUGAGUGGUGAAUACAGACUACUGUCACCUGCUGGUGGUCUUUGUGGAGCGUACAAGUGCAACUUUUUGGAGACAUGGUUGACGGUUUGGUGUGACCAUACCUUAUGAAAGCUGAUUAGCAGCAAUUUACUCAAUUUACUUGUAUCUUGAAAAAGACUGCAGCUACAACAUUUGCUGCUAUUAAAGCAACAAAAAUAGUCAUUAUUCUAGUGUGGAAAACUAGAAUUUAAAUCAUAAAGUUAUCUACGACUUCCAACAUGGCUGCCACAGGAGAAAAGGGCCUUUUGACAGUUUGCCUCAUCAGUGAAGUGAGUCUGUGCCUGUGUGUGCCUCUGCUGCAAAAAAUAAAGCAUGAGGAGUCAUGAGCUGUGGAGGCCUGUUUUCAGCAGUAAACGAUCACGAUAGUCAUGCUUAAAUAAAUGGGUCAAAAUGAUGAGAUUAUUAGUUAAAUGCUCACAUUUUAACCGUUUAAUUUGAUGAUUUUUCCUCUUGAUUGAAUCAUUCUGGGCUUUAUAUUUUGUCUUUUGCUGAGGGAGCCAGGCUUCCACAGAUGACUGAAACCUUCAUGAAUCCUGAACAGUUGAAAACUUCUUCCUCUCUGUGGUCGUCUGAAUGUCUGUCAAUGUAAAGGGAUGAAAUGCAGAUUUUUCUUUAUGUUUUAUAUAAUUAUUGAAUAUACAAGUAUUGAUCUCUGCCUCGACUAUAGAUGUACAGCUCUGGGAUAAAUGAUUUCUUUUGUUUUUGGUUAAUUAUGAACAGAGGAAUAGCUUUCUUUUCUUUCUCCUCCUCUUCCUUUUUUAUUUGAUCCUGUCAGAGAUGCAUUCAGCACUGCUGCUACGCCAGCUCUCUGUUUUUGUACCUGCAGGGAGAGUUGGACUUUCUAUUAAAACCAAUAAAACAAUAAUCAGAGAA